UCUGACAACUAUACUUCUGAAAUCUGAAUUACAAUCCCAUGUGGAAACGCUCGUCGGUGUGUGAAUGCAGAACGACGGUAGAAUUAGAAGUAAAGUUUGCUAUGGUUAAAUAAUAUGAAAAACGAGAUCAAUAUGGAUAAACCUGAGAAAGCAGUAACUGCUUCAUUGCUAGACGCUUUUGAUUUAUUUAAGUCACCGACAGAUGAUUUAAAAAUCCUUGCUGGCCUUAAGAUACAUUCGCGUCUACGGGAAAAUGAGGGUGGAAAGGAACUACAGUAUACAUUAAAAAGACUAGUUAGAAGUCUUGGCGCGAACAUCGCUGAGUUGCGGAUGGGCUAUUUUGCUGCACUUGUUACAAUCCUGACUAGGUUUCCAGAGAUAACAGUAACGCAGCUGCUAGAAUUGAUCAAAAAAGAACUCCAUGCCAGCGGAUCAUCUAAGAGUGAAGUUGGGGAUGUUGCUUUAGGUCACAUUCUGGCAUGCGGGGCUGUUUUUCGUUCAGGCCUUAUGUUAAAAUGUACUGAGGAAGAACAAAAGGAAGUAUUGCAACUUUUUGAAACAGCUAGCAGUAAGAAGUCAUAUUUGAGUACUGUGGCAACCCUAGUCUUUAUUGAUUUUAUUAAUAAUCUCGAUGAAGAACAAUUUGCUACAAUAGUUUGGCCGAACAUAAAGCAGAACUACAAAAAAGCUAUAAACGAACACAGUUUAGACUCUUUAUAUUUUUUAAUGAUUGUUAAUGAAAAGUUUCCUAAGAAAGUCAAGCUGAGGAAGUUGAUUGGUGUGCCAGAACUGUUACACGAAGAUCACAUUUCAGAUAUAUGUGAUAAAUUAAUGACAGGCGUAGACUUCAAUUCAUUAAGCCACCCAAUAUAUCAGGAAUGUGGUAAACAGAUCGCUAACUCACCACAUCUUUCAAUUUUUUGGAAUAAAAUUGACAGUCAUCUUGUAAAACAUAACAGGAACAGAGAAUUGGUUUCAUUAAAUAUUUUGAAUACUGUUCUCCUGAAUUUAAAAGACAAUGUUGAAGUCAUACCAGAUCUGCUGAGUGACAACUUUUUCAAGUUGUUCAUGGACUGGUUCAAAGGUUUACAGACAGCCAGCAAAAUAAGGAAUAAGAGAGACAAUGAAGAUGAUUCCAAAAUAAUGGUUAAAAAACAAAAAGAAGUCCUCAUGUCUCUAGCCAAGGUAUUACAAUUGCCAUCUGUUGAUAGCAAAAUAAGAGUGAAAACUUUGGACAAGUUGUUAUUUAGCCCGGGUGAAAUUAAUUUCACUGAGAUAACUGGAUCUACAGUUGUUAAAUCUAUUACUGCUGGUCUAGAUGUUGAUGGUCUCAAGAAAAUGGCGAAGUCAUUGAAAAAGGUCUUCCUCAAUUCUUCAAAGAAAGUUAUUAAAGAGGGUGUGGAAAGGAACUGGUACAAUAAUGAAAGGGUUAAAGCAGCUGAGUUGAUAUCAUACAUGGUCAGUCAUGAAGCUGUGAAGGACGACACUGAAUUUAAAAUAAAAUACAUGCAAUUGCUUAUGUGCUUUGGAUUUUUCAAAAUCGGCGGUGAUGAAAGUGUUGCCGUUAGUAGUAGCCUAGCAGGGUCUAUAAAAGCUUGCUUCUACAGAUGCUUCACAUCCCGCUUUUCAAACGUCGAAGGUUUGGUAACAGUAUUGUCAUCACUCAGUAGUUUCAUUACAUCUAUGAUGGCCAAAGAAAAGGUGCGAUCAAAGCUCGAGAAACAGUUCGACAAAGAGAACAUGGACUGUUGGGAAAUGUUAACAAAAGUAUGCGGCAAAAUAGAAAAGAACCAAUCUAAGUCGAAGGUCGAGAAUGUCUUUCUUAUUUUAUUAUACCAGCUCGGUUUGUUCCUCUUCUCGGAACCGACACAUGUGAAAAUUGCCUCCAGCUCUAUUAUAGAACUCAAAAGUUGCUACGAGCAUUAUAUGAAAGACAGAAAAGCAAAGACAAGUAAGAAAGAAAACUCCAUCAAAGAGGAACCUGAGUGGAUAGAAGUUGUGACUGAAGUGUUGCUGUCGAUUUUGUCGAUUGAGUCAAGUGUUUUGCGCUCAGUAGUACAAUGUGUUUUCAGACUUCUGUGGGAGUAUUUGACACCAUCCUCUAUAGCGCAAAUUGUUUCGGUUCUCGACCCAGAGAGCGAAGCUAAUCCGUUAGGACAAGAAAGCGAUUUGGAAGACGAUGAAGGAGAAUUUGAUGAUUCUGAUGAAGAAGGAAAUGAAAAUUGUCAAGAAAAUGAAGAAAAUGGAGAACACAAUGAUAGCGAGGAAAGUGAAAGUGAAAUGGAUGAUGACGAUGAUGAUGAGAAGGAUUUGAACACUCCAGACCAGUUACGAAUGGCCAUUCAGAAGGCUCUCGGAAAUACUACAGUCGACACUGACGUCGAAAGUAUAGACGCUGAUAUGAUAACAGAAGAGGAAGGCAAGAAACUGGAUGAAGCUCUUGCUGAAGCAUUCAAACAGUUCCAUCAAGGCAAAAAUAAGAAAACCAAAAAGGAACGCAAGAAUAAAAAAUCACUUUCAGAUUUCAGAAUCAAAGUACUAGAUUUAAUUGACAUUUAUCUGGAAAAGGAUCCGGCUAUGGACAUAUGUUUAAAUAUGAUCGCCCCAUUGACUAGAUGUCUCGAGUUUUGCAUGCAGGAUAAUCAGUUUAAGGAACUGGAAAAUAGAGUACGGAAAACUAUUAAGGGUCUAUCGAAAAUAAAGAAGUUCGCAUCCACUGACGACAUAACACCUGACAUUUUGGCCACUUAUUUGAAAUCCGUAAUAGAAAAGGGAGAACGGUCCCACUUCAUGUACCAAGCUCUUGGUGACGUUUUAACAUAUUUUUCAGUUUUUAUAAUAAACUGUUCACAAAGGAUUGAAGUCCAACCGACCCAGACAUCUAAAAAAAACAAGAUAUCUACUUUAAAUGACCUUCUGAAAGAGACUGUUGACAAUUUUUUCCACAAUCGUAGCUGCUUAUUACCAAUUAUUUUCUUCCAUAACAUUCUUCAAUUAGAAUGGCCUGGUAAAUAUGAAUUAGCAUCGAUUGUAGUGAAAAAUGUAUUUAAUCCUAAAGUGAGACAAUUUAAACGGAACGAAGGAGUACAACUCCUGUCUGGCUUCUAUUUAUCAAUGAAAAGAUUCAAGCCUAUCUCUGAAAGCUGUUUUGCUGAGUUAGCUAAUAUAGAGAAAAAUUUCAAAGAAUCUUUUACAGCCACACUUGAAAGCAAUGAGAUGGACGUUAAACCUAAUUUCAUUGAUUCCCUCAAGAAAUUACUUAAUGUUAUGAAAAAUCUUUAUACACAAUGUAAUCAGGAAUCCCAACUUGAUUUUGAAUCAAUGUUCAAUGCAUUAACGAACUUCAAAGUAGCUGUUAAGAGUACAAACAACGUUGAAGAAUCAAAACAGAUCAUCGAAAAUGGAAAUAAGCCGAGUAAAGAGCAAAACAAAAAAAAGAAAAGAAAAGCUCUAACUAAUGGGGUUACAGACCCACCGGUUAAGAAAUCAAAAAACAAUAUAAGUGAAUAAAUAUCUUAAAUUUAUUCCAUAAAUCAAAUAACUCCACAUUUUUAUUUUGCAAAAUUUCAGUAAAUAUUGUGAAUUACAAUAAAAUAUUCUUUAUA